AGCUUCAAAUCAGCUAUGACUACUAAGCAUGCAACAGGAGCCAGGAGUGUAUGCUUGAGUACAGAACAUACAAAGGAUAUUCUUGUGAUAUAUGAACAAGAAGCAGAAGAGUGGGCUCUGUAUUUAAAAUCUCUUUUUGGACACAUAGUGAAUGAAGAAGGAAUCUUACUCUACAGUCUAGAGACUUUGUCUCUCAAGCAUCUGGAGUUAUUCUCUUUACCCUGUUAUAAAUGUAAACUCCUGAUACUAUCAUACGGACUCCUUAAAUGCUUGAACCAAAAGAGAUGCUCUUUUCUGGCACAUGUUCUUCAACCUCCAGAUAAUGUGGUGAUUCUGCUUUGUGGGGUGGAGAAUUCAGAGAUGCUUUAUGAGACACUAACCUUAAGGGGAAGGAGCAGAGAGAUCUCCACUGAUCAGGAACCUGAGGACUAUCUCUCCAUUGUUACUGGAAUUAUUCAAACAGAUUGCCAGGCUACCUCUCACGUUAACUUAUCAGAUGCCAGAGGAGUAUCAGAAAAAGCAAAUCUUGGUUUUGAAACAGAAGUACAUUCUGAGACCUUAGAAACUAAUGAGUACUCGGUAUUGGUGCUUCCAGCGAGAAUAUCGUGUGAGAACCCUGGUGAAAUAUUCAUUUUGUUGAAAGAUGAAAUAGAUGAUGAAACUUUAGAAAUUGAAUUCAUAUCAGAUAAUCAACGAAUUAGGACAAAGCCAGCCUCUUGGAAUAAGAAGGUCAAGUACAUGAAAGCAUUAGAUUUUCCUGCUGGCCCUGUAUAUAUAAAUGUCUACUGUGAGAGUGUCAUUAAGACCACAGCACAGAUUGAGUAUUAUUCUGCAGCAGAAGAGAUUGAGCGCAUCUUUCAGAAAGUAGCUGACCCAGUAGCUUUUGCUUGUCAGACUUCUAAAUUUUCAUCUGUGGAGAAGCUGGACAAUAUUCUGACUUUGUUACUGGAAAGCAAGAUAAUUACUUGUGAAUUCAGCGCAUCCCCGGUUGAAGAGCAGCACCAUCAAGAACCUAAUAGCCAUUUGGAAGAAUUUCCCACCCUCCUUCACUGUGCAGCCAGAUUUGGAUUGAAGAACCUCGCAGCAGUUCUACUCAAGCAUCCUGAGGCCACACAAUCUUGUAAAAUAACCAAUAUAGAUGGAGAUGAUCCAGCAAGUAUUGCUGAGAAGCAUGGACACAAGGAACUAAGAGAAUUAAUCAAAGAAUUGUCGAUUAAAACAACAGGUGAUUUCACCAGCCAUGAGGAAGACGUGGAAUAUGAAGACACUUACGUGCUUAUGGUAGGCAUGGAAGCUCAACCAGCCAUGAUUGAGCAGAACCCAGGAGGUGAACAUGGAAUUGGAUCAAAAUGUCAACAAGAAGCUGAGGUGGAUAAGGAAGAGAAAGAUGAUGUAGAAGACAGCGGAGAGGAAACUGAAGAGGAAGAUUCCUACACCUUUGUCAACAGUCCUGACAAUUUGUAUGCCAGCAUACCUGAAUGUGAUUAUGAAGAAAACAGCAGAGAAUACUUUUCCUACAAGGGACCGCCCCCACCUCCUCCUCGAAAUCUGCCUGGCACCCUGAGACAGGAUGAGCUGCACCAUUUGUCACAAGAGAGGAAUUUUGUAAAGGAGAAAAGUGAAACAGAACAUGGACUGAAGACAGCAUGCUACAGAGAAGACCAAGAUACCGGUGAGGAAGAUGACGAAGAGGACCACCCAUACACUUUUGUGAAAUUUGAUGAAUCUCUGUAUGAUUUGAUACUGGAUGAGGAAGAUGAGGAGAAAAGGAAAGAACGCAGAUCGUUUAUCGUGAACAGGCCGCCCGCUCCUGCCCCUCGUCCCGAAUGUUCAGGAGUCAGAAAUGAGAACACUCCAUAUAUAGUACAAGUGUUUCAGCAAAAAGCCACUCCAAUGCCCAGUGACUACAACAAGAUGUACUGCGAUGCCAGGAAGCACGCAGCAUGCGGAAGCCACACUGACAUGGCAGCUGUGAAACACAACAUCCCUGCUGAACGGGAAGAUCUUAUCCGUGCGCAGAAACAAGUGAAAAAGGGGGCAAUUUCUGUGGACGAAGCCCUUGACAGAUGUACACAGUGGCAGAAUGAAAAACAGAGACUGCAGACCACUCCCCAGGAAAAAGUACGCUACCUUAAAGCCACCAGUACUGGAAAGAGACUAGAAAAGGAAAAUCUGAAUGGUAAGUUGCCCUUUCUUUUGGCUUUUAAAACACCAAAGGCUUGUAACGUUAACAAGUACACUGCUAAAGUUGGGUGCGAAGCAUUGGCUUCAUAAUAAGCAUAUUCUGCAUCUUUUCACAUCUAAGUAAGUUGGUGUAGUGUAAUCAGGACUUACAUGGGGUUGAGAUUGCAACCCAAGAAUAAGCUCAGUGAGAGUUAAUGAGGGAGAAAAUUCAGCAGGUCUUUGCAGCUCAGCUUUUCUGUAGUCAUUAUUUCCUACUGCUUUGUCAGAUUAGAUUGGAUGAUUCCUUUAUGACAAUUUACUUGAUGACUUGGGUAUUUUAUUUGUAAAUCAGCUAUCAGUUUGCACUUGUAUUCCUUGAUGAGCUUUCUAUUGCCACAAUAGUUCAGAAUUGUGAUUCAAUAAUCAAAGUUAUACCAUUAGUCAUUUAAAAUGCUUUUUACCUUUGUGAUUCAGUGGUCUCUGCAGCUGAAUAAAUCACCUGUACUUCCUGCAAAGUAUUUUGUUGUUAUGAAAAGAUUGUUUUAGGCGUUACUGGCUUUAGGCCUGGGAUUUCUGUAAACUUCAGUGUAUACACAUUCUUGGAGGGAAAAUGUAGUGGGUUUUUUGACACGAGAUUUAGUAGUACAAUCUUUAAUUUAAUCACGUAAAUGAUAUUUCUUUACUAUAAGAGGGGAAAAAUAAUCCACAGUAUUGCUUUGAUUUAUUCUAUUAGACAGUGUUAUAUCUACAUAGACUUGAUAGUUGAGAUGCUGUAAAUAAGUGAAAUUCUUACCAGCCCUGUUUCAGAGUUGCAGGUCAGACUAUUUCUGUUUCAGCUUGGUAGGGGUGCAGCAGCCUGCACAUGUGAGUGGGCUGAGUCCUUUCAGCCUUCUUAAGGUGCUCAGAGCUAAAAUCUGCUCUCUAUAGACAAGGCAGAGCUCACAGUGACAUGAAGUUGAUUGUUGGAAAGCAUUUGGCUGUAGGGUUUUCUUUUAAGG